UUGCGCUGGGCGAAAUUUUGUAGAAUAGUGUUAAAUGCUCCUGCUGUCCUGUAUUCAUGACUACGCAAAUUUUUAAGCAGGACUGUGAAAUAGAAAGAAACACAAUAAACUUGCGACUAUGCAGAAAGCGAGUGCUCAAGACGAAGCGAUUUGAUGAGGAGCUCCAUGUGUGUUCCAAUUUGAAGGCAGCCGCAGCAGCUUUCAACGUGCAUCUUGAUGAUGAUGACCCCACCAGCACUACUGAAGUGUGCGAACAGGCUGUUACCUGUAUUACAUUCACUAGGUCACCGUCCUGAAUCAUAAUCACUUGAUGAAUCUCUUAUCAGCCUCCACUGAAACACAAGCAUGUUGUAGUUGUACUAGAUUCAACCUAAAUCGAAAUCCCCUCCCUGCAACACACGAUAUUGCACGACGAGUGACAAACAAAACCCAUAAAAAAAAGACCAAUCAGAAAGUGCUGGGACAUCAGUUUUUCUGCACUAUCACUUCUAACGUAAAAAGGUAGUCAAAGUUUUUUUCAAAUACCACGCACUAGUAUUUUCUGUGUCCUACCAGGUGUGAAGAAAAAGCACGAACCAGUAAAAUUUUUGUUUAAAGCAAAACCAUAGUAGUUUGUCUGUCGUGCCAUACACAUACGUAGUAAAUUACCUUAUUUUUUUGUUCCAUGUUCACGAGGACUUGAACUUGUACUCAUCAAACAGCAAUCGGUAUAAAGUACUUGGCAACAACUCUGAAACUUCGCAAUAGUAAAAAAAUAGUGUAAGAAGAAGAAGAACCACACCACAACAAGCUCAAGCGUGAAAAUAACAGAAGAAAAUAAGGCGACUACUUACAGUAGUCUAGCACGCCGCUAGCAAAAUAAAUUGAAGAGACCGACCCUGUCUCUAGUAUUAGUAGCCACUUUUGAAUCAAGCAACAAAAAAGAAAAAGCGAAAAUGUCGGAGUGGGCAACUUUGCUAAGCAGCUAUAUGGUCGACCCCAGCGAAGAAAAUGCCUCCUACGCAAGUAUCAAAUCUGUCAUGCUGUUAUUUCAUCUGCAUAGAGGAAACAUAAAGAUAAAACAAGUUUCUUUAUGCAACAUAUGGUGCAAAAAUGACAAUGAGUGAAAGCGAAAUGGAAAUCGCAAUGCGAAUGUGAAGUUUUUAAGUUGUAUCAAAAACCACCAAAAAUUUCAGAUAACUCGAUGAACUAUUGCUUGAGCGCAGCAAUUGGGGGCAAGCACUUCGGUAUGGCGCAACAGGUACUUCUUAAACGAUCCUUGAAUUUUGCAGUCCACCUCUGAAUGCUAAACAGAAGGAGAAACUUGCCUUUUCCGCAACAAUUAAGUACUUGGGAAGAUUGAUGCAAUUGCAAACCCAGCCUUCCAGGAGUUGAAAAUUUCUGUAUCAGGUUCCAGCAGGCACAACAUGGUGGGGCGCGUCGUGCCGACCAGCGGACGGCGACACCGGAAUUGACACAGACGCUGCUUUAUCAAAUGCAAAUAUGUCAUCCGGGUCUGGAAGUUGGGAACUCGUGAUGCUAACUUUGGACUCUAAAAAAAUCUGUAUUGCAUGACCAGCAAGAGGAGCAGCCUAGUUUGUGUUGCGCGGGGAGGGCAUUUGUCAUGCGGAGAAGGCAUCAGCAAGCCCCCUAAAAAUCUGUGAUGCUAGGCCGUGCAUUACAGACAUCCUGGGUCAAGCAAAAUACGCAUGACAAACCCGGCAACAUUCCAGACCCAGACACUUUUGCAUUUGAUAUGCUUGGGCGCACGUCUACGCAGCGGACGCGGAGCAGAAAAUUAUGCAGGACGACAUGACAGAGAAGGGGGUAUAGUUUUGAGCUUGUCAGGAAAGAUUUUGUCAUGCAAUUUUCGCCACUUCUGACGAAGACUGUUUGUGUUGUAAGUAGUCUCUUUCAUGCACCAUCGUGAGCCAGUACGCGGCGCACAGCAAUUUUGCAACACGUCGACUCGUAAAAACAAAUCCUCUAUCAGGUAUGGAUUUGCGAAUUCCAAACGAUAGUAGACGCCUUCUUGCACGAUCUGAAAAAAGGACCACUGGCCAACGGAGUCUGGAUCGCGGGAAAGAAGUACUAAUUCUUUUGGUUCCUUUCAUGUUCCGCAUGACAGAUUCUCAUUUUGAUUGGUGUUUUGCAUAAAAAGUUUCAGGAGCAGUGCAGCCUGAGUUGCGAUGAACUGAAACAGGUCAUAGGCGCAUUUGCAUUUCAUCCUGCAUGACAAAAAACCAGGCACACGAUAGCACGGAAGCAAGUCGAAACCGGGGCCAACAACGAGUACAACUUCAUUUUCAUGUAUGAAAGCCUCAGAAUGGAAAUCCUCAAAGUGGAAAAACUUUGUGAUGCAUGAGACGCGACGCAAAAAAGACUGUACUAUUGCAGAGGACGCAAUGAAGGCCGACUAUUGUCCUUCUAUGGGUUAAGAAUUGGAAGGCUGAUCAGCACGAGAGAAGGGCGCCCCUUUACGUUGACCAGCAUGACAGACAUGCUUUGAACGCCCGGGAAAUUUGUCAUGCGCCGCCUACAAGUGGCGCGUCAGCCGGAGUGUUUUUUUGCAUUACAAACUCUUCUCACUUUGAGGAUUUCCAACCUGAGGCUUUCAUAUCAUGGUCGCCGCGCAGAAGGGAGAGAAGGGACACAUCGUCAUGUCUACCGAUGCGGACUUCAAGGGCAAGGCCUGCAUUAUCACCGCCGAAUUCGACAAGAGCUUAGGGUGCACCAGUGGUAUUGGAACCGUGUUUACUUAUUUUUGCGUGAUACUUUGUAGUCUUGGUACGCAUGAGAGAUUCUGCUCUUGCAGUGUGUACUUAAAGUUGCCCUCGUGCUGCAUGAAGUAGGAAACUUGCGAUGCAUGACAGGCAAGCGUGUUGGCAUUUGUGAUGCAAAAGAACAACGUCUCUUUUUCAAUAGGUAUGGCCACCGCGGUCGCGUUGGACUUCGCGAAGUGGCUGAAGGAGAGCGGUACCGACCAGAGCGACUCUAUUGCGGCAUAAAUCACGACACGAUCACGAUCAUGUUGUUCGCGAAGAAGAGCUGCAAGUUCUCCAAGUGCACCAGACGCCCGCUACCUUUGAGUUUUAAGGAAACGACGCACUCUUUGUGCAAUCAAGUAAUUUGAUGUUCCCCUUUUUUUCAUGAAAGAUCAUUUUUCAUCAACAUCCCCUCAACUACGGAACCCGGAGGCCACAAGCGAUCACGUCGACAGGAGCAGCAAUCUGAUUCAAAGGCAAACAGAUUGGAGAACAAGCGGAAGGAGGUUUGAGAACAAGGACAAUGAAACUUUGUUGAAUAAUAUGAAUAUCAUCACACGACCACACCGGACGAAAGAAUAACGGUGCGUAUUUUAUUCAUUCGUAUCACUAUCAUCGUAUAAUUAUCACACGACCGUAUAGACGUCACAAACACAGUUUAAAUUCAAGCAGCGAGAUCGUCGUUUGAUCGCUAGUUACAAUGCAACUAGCGUGCAACGGCCUCCUUCAUGAUUUUUUUUUUUGGUAGUACAGCAGACACAGCAUGUGAACUGGAGCCAAAGGUAGUAGAUCUGUGGCGAUGUUCGGGUCGUCGCACAGUUCACUUCACAGGAACUCAGCAAUGCACGGCUAAGGAAGAGGAACCUCGAUACGAAUUUCCCUGGAAGAUGAAAGAAUGAUUGGCCGAGGGAGCCAAAUUGAAGGACAGGAU